GUGGAACGGAGCGGAGCUGGAGGUGGAUAUGUUGCGGGAAGGCUGCCGGCGAGUCGGGGCGCGGCUGUGCGGCCUGCGCGGCGGGCUCCGGGGCCCCGCCGAGAGCGGCCGGCGGGGCGUGGUCUCCUGCAUCGACCGUAAGGACGGGCUUUGCUGGGGAGACUCGUGACUUUGUUUUUUAAAAUCAAAACGAAAAAUAACUUGUUGCAAAUGGGAAACUACCAGAGCUUACAGACCUGAAUGUCUCCUGGCCCCAGAAUAAUUUCAAUCUUCCAUGGGACUCAACGAAGAGCAGAAAGAGUUCCAGAAAGUGGCCUUCAACUUUGCUGCCCAGGAGAUGGCGCCAAACAUGGCCGAGUGGGACCAGAAGGAGCUGUUCCCAGUGGACGUGUUGCGGAAGGCAGCCCAGCUGGGCUUUGGGGGGAUUUACGUACGAACAGAUGUAGGAGGGUCCGGACUGUCACGGCUCGAUACCUCUGUCAUCUUUGAAGCCCUGGCCACAGGCUGUACCAGUACCACAGCCUACAUCAGCAUCCACAACAUGUGUGCCUGGAUGAUUGACACCUUUGGAAAUGAGGAACAGAGGCACAGGUUUUGCCCACCACUCUGUACCAUGGAGAAGUUUGCUUCCUACUGCCUCACUGAACCAGGGAGUGGGAGCGAUGCCGCCUCCCUCUUGACCUCUGCUAAGCAACAAGGCGAUCAUUACGUCCUCAAUGGCUCCAAGGCCUUCAUCAGUGGUGGAGGUGAAGCAGACAUCUACGUGGUCAUGUGCCGAACAGGAGGACCAGGCCCCAGAGGCAUCUCGUGCAUAGUUGUUGAGAAGGGGACCCCUGGCCUCAGCUUUGGCAAGAAGGAGAAGAAGAGUUCUCAAGGGAUAGUGGAACCUGUGCAUCACAGGCCCUGGUGGGCAGAAGACGCUGCCCUGAGCGGUGAACUGCUGGGCAGCCGCACAGCCCCUGAUUUUUGCCAGGUGGGGUGGAACUCACAGCCGACCCGCGCAGUGAUCUUUGAAGACUGUGCUGUCCCUGUGGCCAACAGGAUCGGGGAUGAGGGCCAGGGCUUCCUCAUUGCCAUGAGAGGACUGAACGGAGGGAGGAUCAAUGUUGCUUCCUGCUCUCUGGGUGCUGCUCAUGCUUCGAUCGUCCUCACCCUAGACCACCUCAAGGUCCGGAAGCAGUUCGGAGAGCCCCUGGCCAGUAAUCAGUACCUGCAGUUCAAACUGGCGGACAUGGCAGUCAGGCUGGUAGCCUCACGGCUGAUAAUCCGCAGUGCAGCUGUGGCUCUGCAGGAGGAGCGGGAGGAUGCAGUGGCCCUGUGCUCCAUGGCCAAGCUCUUCGCUACAGAUGAAUGCUUUGCAAUCUGCAACCAGGCCCUGCAGAUGCAUGGGGGCUACGGCUACCUGAAGGACUAUGCGGUCCAGCAGUACAUGCGGGACUCCAGGGUCCAUCAGAUCCUCGAAGGCAGCAACGAAGUGAUGCGGAUGCUGAUCUCGAGAAGCCUGCUGCAGGGGUAGCCCCGGGCCGUGGCUCUGAUGGGCGGAUCAGUGUCGAGUGGUUCCAUGUGGGUGGCGCUGUUAACAGCUGAUUCUGGGACACGCUGGAAGGGCCGAGCUUGUCCAGGGCAACUUCACAGCAUCAGCUGGAGGACGGCAGGAGCUGCCCUGACUGGAACGUCGCAAGAGGACGUGCUGCCUUGUUUUCCUGACACAGAGGGUGACCGGUGGACACUGACCACCAAACCACUGUCCUUUCCUGAAUCCACAGGGUCUUGAUUUGUCUCCAUUUUGCUGGCUCACCAGAUCCCUUCUCUGGGGAUCUGGGUACUUCUGUGGAGGGUUUUUCCUGACUGUAAAGCAAAGGUGUAGGAAAGGAGAAAUGGAGAGAAAGCGUCUCCCUAUCUUUUUCUGUUCUUUGUUCCUCAGCUAAAGAUGCAGAAGGUUUCUGUGGGAUGUUCUUCCUUCGUAGCGACUCCUCUGAAUGUAAAUCAAGAUGAAAUGAGUGUUUGGAAACCCUUCUCCUAAGCUGUAAUUUAGGGUGUAUCUGCACUUCUGGGCUACCUGAAUGUCGAGGGCUGAGAUUAUUAGGAACUGUGAAUACUUGUUCUGUAAGCGUGUGGUCUGGGAAUGGUAUCCAAAGUUCCUGUAACCUUUCCUGAUACGUGCUUUGAGUAAAUUUUUUUUGAGGUUUUUUCUUUUUUGUUUCUCUUUUUAAAUGUUUUUAAUCACUACAUUGAUAAAUAAAGUUUACCCCUCUCUGUA